UACGAGUGGGACCGGGAGAAGAAGGCCUGGUUCCCCAAGAUAACAGAAGAUUUCCUGGCAACCUAUCAUGCCAACUAUGGCUUCCACGGAGAUGAGACAGACACUUCAUCUGCUUCUGGCACAGCCACUGAAAGUAAGCAACCAGUGAGUUCUAAGACACCAGCAACACAACCAUCAGCAAAUGAGAAAGGACCAAAACAAACAGAUCCAAAACAGAAGUCUGAAAAAAGGAAGCUAGAGCCAGGGUGGUUUCAUGUUGAAGAAGACAGAAACACAAAUGUUUAUGUGACAGGUUUACCCCCAGACAUCACAAAAGAUGAAUUUGUGCAAGUCAUGUCGAAAUGUGGUAUCAUUAUGAGAGAUCCUCAGACAGAAGAGCACAAAAUCAAACUGUACAAGGAUAAGGAAGGAAAUCUUAAAGGAGAUGGUCUCUGUUGCUAUCUGAAGAGAGAAUCAGUUCAACUGGCAUUGAGGCUUCUGGAUGAGGCAGAAAUCCGAGGCUAUAAAUUGCACGUGGAAGUUGCCAAGUUCCAACUGAAGGGGGAGUAUGAUGCCAGCAAAAAGAAGAAGAAAUGUAAAGACUACAAGAAGAAGUUGUCUCAACAGCAGAAACAGCUGGAUUGGAGGCCGGAGAAGAAAGAUGGUGCAGCGCGAAUGCGACACGAACGCAUCAUUAUUAUCAGGAACAUGUUUCACCCAAAGGACUUUGAGGAGGAUCCCUUAGUGCUAAAUGAGAUCAGAGAAGAUCUGCGGACGGAGUGUGAAAAGUUUGGUCAAGUGAAGAAGGUUCUCAUAUUUGAUCGACACCCUGAUGGAGUGGCUUCUGUGUCAUUUAAAGAAGCAACUGAAGCUGAUCUGUGCAAGCAAACUCUACAUGGAAGGUGGUUUGGUGGCCGUCAGCUCAGUGCUGAAACAUGGGAUGGUGUCACAGAUUAUCAGGUGGAGGAGACUGCAAGGGAAAGGGAGGAAAGGCUGAAGGUGUGGGGGUCGUUUUUAGAGGAUCCUGAUGCGAAGGAGCAGCAAACUACAUCGGAUUCAGAUUCCCCAUCGAGUAGCGUUAAAGUGCCCGAAGGCAAACAACAGCAACCGGCUGAGGUCAAAGACACCCCGAAGGAGGAGGCAAAUGAAGCUCCUAAGAGGGAGAAUAAUGGUGAGGGCAUUAAUGAAGAUGGAGCUCCAUCCACAGACAGCAGCCUGGCAGGCAGCGAUGGGGAAGCUGAUACAUAACACCUUUAACGCUUUAGGGAAGCAUGGGUUGAUUUUUAGGGUGAUGUUUGAGUUGAUCCCUUUCUUCAGGGUGACUGCAGACAAUAUUCAUAUGAAUAUAGGCAUAUUAGAGUGUCAUCAACUGUGUGCUUUGAAGUUUUCAUUAAAAGCAGUAUUUAAUGAGGUUCUAAGAGUUUGUAUUAAUUGGCUGUUCAGGUAAAGUAACUCAAGUUGCCAAGAAUGCAGUAAAACUCAUCAGGCUUCUUCUGUUCUAACUAUGCUUGUCAGUGUUUCAUUGUGUGAGUGUGAAAUAUGUUCCAACCCUUCAGUUUCUGUAACUCUGUGUAACUUAAGUAAUGCAAAGCUAUUACAAGAUUUGUGGAUUUU